AUGGACGGUCAUGGCUCACAGAUCAACGCCAGCCUGCAGAGGGCUGCUGCAGCCCUCCCAUUGCAGAGCAGCCUCAGAGCAGGCCAGAGCAGAGCCGGGAAUAACUGGGCCAAGGGCCACUACACAGAGGGAGCCGAGCUGGUCGACUCGGUCCUGGAUGUGGUGAGGAAGGAGUCAGAGAGCUGUGACUGUCUCCAGGGCUUCCAGCUGACCCACUCUCUGGGGGGCGGCACGGGGUCCGGGAUGGGCACCCUGCUCAUCAGCAAGAUCCGGGAAGAGUACCCAGACCGCAUCAUGAACACCUUCAGCGUCAUGCCCUCACCCAAGGUGUCAGACACGGUGGUGGAGCCCUACAACGCCACCCUCUCUGUCCACCAGCUGGUGGAAAACACAGAUGAAACCUAUUGCAUUGACAACGAGGCCCUGUAUGACAUCUGCUUCCGCACCCUGAAGCUGACCACCCCCACCUACGGGGACCUCAACCACCUGGUGUCGGCCACCAUGAGCGGGGUCACCACCUGCCUGCGCUUCCCGGGCCAGCUGAACGCAGACCUGUGCAAGCUGGCAGUGAACAUGGUGCCCUUCCCUCGCCUGCACUUCUUCACGCCCGGCUUUGCACCCUUGACCAGCCGGGGCAGCCAGCAGUACCGGGAGCUCAUGGUGCCCGAGCUCACCCAGCAGGUGACAUGCCCUUGCCUAGCAUCCAUACACUGAGAGGAGUGGGGCGGGGAAAGUGAAAUGUUCUUCAGCAGCUGCACAAAGAACCAGGACAGCUUCCUGUGAGUCACCAGUGUGAUGAGGCUCUCCAGCGGUGACGUAAUCAGACCUGCAUCAUCCCAGCCUUCAGACAAGAACAACUAAAUGAGUGAGAGCAUCUCUGGCCUUUGCAUUCAGCUCUGAAUCCAGUGCCUCUCUAGAUUACAAAGUAUUUAAAAUCCUGCUUCAUGGUGGGUCCAGAGAGGGACUGGAAAUGCUUAGCUAGUGAGGAGAGCACUGCUGCAGCAUGAAAAUGACAGGAAUCUGAAUGGCAGCUACAGAAGACAGACGUGUCAGCUAAGGGGACACAGCAGGGCCAAUGGCUGAAGGCCACUGUGAGUAGAUACAAGGACUUUCCCAUCAAAAUUCUUUGUAGCAGACACUGUUGGACCCACCCUGUGCCUUUGGCCAUUGUUUUUCUCAGACCUGCUGAUGGCUUCUUACUGAAAAAAACUGUGACCCGCCCCAGGGGUCAUUUGUGCAGCAAGGUAAACCUCUUUCUGGAGGCUAAAUAGCCAGCUCCCCUCCACUCAGGUGGGGCAAUGCAGAGUGAAGUUCUGCCUUGUCUCUGACAGAUGCCCCUGGGUUGAACCCUUGCCACCUGCAGCAGUAACCUGUUCUGAGGCAGCCCCUUGGCUUCCUUCUCUUUCCUGGCUCUGUACCCCACAGCACUUCCAACGCUUCCCAGGACAGACACUGCCCUCAUCAACUUCCACUCAGAUCCUAGCCUCAAGGCGUGCUUUGGGGCACCUGACCUACAUCACUCAUCAAAGAAGAAAUCGUGUACUAGUUUGCUAUUUUAACAGGUUACCACAAAGUCAGCAGGUUAACACACCAUGAUCACCUUACAGUUUCCGUUGGUUGGGAGUCCAGCAGGUCUGGGAGGGCUGCACUCAUCAGGAGCUCAGGGGCCUCUCCCAUGCUUGCUCACGUGCUCAGCAGGGGCCAGGUCCUCACGGUCAUAGGCCGAGGUUCCUGUUUUCUUGCUGGCCUUUGACCAGAGGCUGCUUCCUGCUCCUGGGGGCUGCCUUCUGUUCCCUGCCACAUGGCCCCUCUCCAUAGCAGGCUAGCGGAUCCUUCAAGGUCAUCAGGAGGGGGUCUCUACUGCUUCCAAACUCGAAUAUCCUGUCUGUCAAUGGGUGGAGAAAUCCUCUUCUUCAAAAGGGCUCAUGUGAUUAGGGGAGGCCAAUGAGAUCAUCUCUAUCUUAAGGUCAACUGACUUGGAAACUUAAUUGCACCUGCAAAAUCCUGUCACAGCAGUACCUAGAUUUAUGCUUGAUUGAACAACCGGGAAAAGGUGAGUGUUGUAAAACAAAAAUAAAAUUCUAAGGCCCCCCCAACCAUCUGAAUGGAACCCUCCUCUCAGCCAAGGUCAUUCAAAGUUAACCUGAAAAACUCAUUCAGGCAAUGAUGGGAAGUGGGAGCUGGACAUGUCUCUGCAUUCCCUCCUCCCUUUUGGAAAUGCUGAUAGAACAGACUCUUAAAGUCUGAUGAGAAACGUUUACAAUCUAUUCUCUCUGAAGCCUGCUACCUGAAGGCUUCAUCUGCAUGACAAAACCUUGGUCUCCACAAUCCCUUAUCAUAACCCAGGCAUUCCUUUCUAUUGAUAACUCUUUCUACCUAUUGUCAGUCAGAAAACCUUUGAAUCUAUCUACGACUUGGAAGCCCCCCUCCCUCCAGUUGUCCUACCCUUCCAGACCAAACCAAUGUAUAUCUUAUAUGUAUUGAUUGAUGCCUUCUGUGUCCCUAAAAUGUAUAAAAGCAAACUGGACCCUGACCACCUUGGGCACAUGUUCUCAAGACCUCCUGAGGACGGUAUCAUGGGCCAUUAGUCACUCGUAUUUGGCUCAGAAUAAACCUCUUCAAAUAU